AUUGGCCAUUCCUGAUCAGCUGCUUGCUACUCGUCGUCUUAGCAACUCUGAGCAAGGAACAAGGAAUAACUGUGAUCGGGGUCUGUUUUAUUUACGAACUUUUAAUACUUCAUAAGGGACGUAUAUGGGAGGUCGUGUAUGUCGGUCAAUGGACGAGCAAAUCGCCACUUCCUGUAUGGUUACGAGAGAUGUUUCUUCGCCUGUUCGCUCUGAUUUUAGCAGCCGUAUCUCUACUAAUAGCAAGAGUUAGAUUGAUGGGAUCUCAGUUACCCGUCUUCACAAAAUUUGACAAUCCCGCCGCUGUGUCGGAUACUCCAACGAGACAGCUUACCUAUAAUUAUUUAUUGCCUGUUAAUGUUUGGCUACUUCUGUUUCCCUGUGAUCUUUGCUGUGAUUGGACAAUGGGGACCAUUCCACUCGUGGAUUCUUUUCUGGAUCCGAGAAAUUUAGCAACCGUAGCUUUAUAUUUUGCAAUAAGUGCACUGAUAAGGAGCAGCGUGGUUUCGGAAGCGGAAGGACAUUAUUCUGUAGUGAUAAUGAGUCUUUCUCUGAUGAUGUUUCCGUUUCUACCUGCUUCCAAUUUGUUUUUUCCUGUGGGUUUCGUAGUUGCAGAAAGAGUUCUAUAUACACCUAGUAUGGGGUUCUGUUUACUUGUAGCAUAUGGAUGGCAACUUCUUUAUAAAAGGAGAAGAUGGAAGUUAAUCGUGUGGAGUGGAGUUUUGGGUCUUCUUUUCAUCCACACGCUGAAGAGUGUCCAUCGGAACAGCGAUUGGAAAUCGGAGUAUACAAUUUUCAUGGCUGGAUUGAGAGUUAACGAUCGCAAUGCUAAGCUAUACAACAACGUUGGUCAUGCGUUAGAAAAUAGAGGAGACUAUCAAAAAGCUCUGGAAUAUUUCAGGAAAGCUUCCGAAGUUCAACCGGAUGAUAUAGGAGCGCAUAUUAAUGUUGGAAGGACUUUAAACAACAUGAGAAUGUAUCAAGAAGCGGAAGAAGCAUUUUGGAAGGCAAAAAACUUGCUUCCUCGACCUCGUCCAGGUGAACAGUACCAAGCCCGUGUGGCUCCGAGUCAUCUGAACGUUUUUCUAAAUCUAGGAAAUUUGAUAUCUAGGAAUGAUACCAGACUAGAAGAAGCCGAUUCGGUGAGAAUUCUUUGUUCUUUUCACUCGGAUAAACUUUUAAGACGCUUAAACGUGUUGAACGUAUUACUACAGAAGGGAAAAGCUAGUGAAAGGGUGUAUUUCAAUCUAGGGAUGUUAGCCAUGGACAAUCGUGAUGUCAGUGAAGCCGAGAAGUGUUUUCGUAAAGCUAUUGAGUUACGUGACGAUUUUAGAAGUGCCCUUUUUAACUUGGCGUUACUUCUUUCCGAUGCUCACCGUCCUUUCGAAGCUGUGCCUGUUCUAAAGCAAUUGUUAAAAAAUCAUCCCGAUCAUGUAAAAGGUCUUAUACUCUUGGGAGACAUAUACAUUAAUCAUGUUCGCAAUUUGGACGCUGCUAAACAGUGUUACGAAGAUAUUUUAUCGUUGGAACCUUCCAAUAUUCAAGCGUUACAUAAUUUAUGUGUGGUGUACGUGGAACGUGGACUUUUAUUAGAAGCCGAAUCGUGUCUGAAGAAAGCAGUGAGUAUAGCUCCACACGAAGAAUACGUCCAACGUCAUCUAAAAAUCGUUAAAGAUCGUCUAAAACAGCAAGAAGAUAAACAAUCGCUAAAUGGACGAAACAGCAGUUAUUCUAGCAAAUUUUCGCUAUUAAAUUAAUAUAUAUAAAUAUACCAAUCGUUCGAGUGACGAGUGACAGAAUCAUCAAAGAAGUUCCUAGAAAUGAUUGAUUAUUGGUGCUAUCUGGUCCUUCACGGGAUACCUAAUAAACAUCUAUGCUAUGUACUAAUUAAGUAGUAAUAUCCGUGUACAUACAGUAAAUAGGACCAUUAUUUUUAUAUGUGCACCUUUUCUGUUUAACAGCGAGGUGUAAUCAUUGGUGUUUGUGACGAAGACAAUUCGAUUAUUUUCUGUGAUAAACGGAAUUUAGAAUACAUUAUAAUGUAUUAUUUUACCUUUUUUCUUAGUUUCAGGUAUGUACAUGUUUAUAAUUUACAUAUUAUUUGCUAUAUAUAAUAACAAGAGCGCGAUUAUGUUGUGUAAAUGUUCAAUUCCUCAACAGUUCUACGGAAUAGAGUUCUAUUUUUAUUGUAUAUUCAUUAGUUUGCGUAUACCAAAGAUAUCAUGUAAUGUGUUCUUAGUUAUGGGCAUAUCAGUAUAAUUACAUCCUGUGAUCAAUAAAUUACAGUUCAAUUUUUUAAAAAAUUAACGAAUAUUUUAAUCUUUUAAAAUCGUAUCCAUACAAAGUCAAGAACAAUAUAAAAGAACAAUAAAGACGGCUGAGAGGAUUUGCGGGCAUUCAAAA